GGAGGUAGCCAGGUAGAUUUAGCAGACAUAAAGAAAAGCCACGGAGAACAGUUGGAACGCCAGGCCCUAAGUAGUUCGUUAAUUCAGAGAAUCAGGUGCAGGGGUAGCAAACGAAGCACCGUGGCGGAGUCAGCCUAGUUGCGUCUUGCCAAUAGCGUUAACGGGGAGCUAGAGCCGCUCGGUACACUGCGCAUGCCCACAGGGCAGGUUCCGGGACGGUCAGGCGCACGUGACGGGAAGGAACGGGAAAGCCAAAAUGUCGGGGAAGCAGGUUCCCGGAAGUGCGGAUGGCGCCGGCUUGAGCUGCGGGUCCGAGACUAUGGAACCGGUUCUGCCCAUGCUGUUGGUGCCGGUCCCGGCCGAGGCGACCCGGCGGCUGGGAUCCCGGGCGCAGCUGCACGGACGGCAGGAGGCUCUGGCGAGCCUGACGGAUGCGGGCAGCCUUCAAAUACUUUCCUUGGCCCCGGGCGGCCGGGGCGGGGGUGGCUGCUGCCUGGAGGGUCCUUUCCACCAGUCUGUUUGGGAGGAUUGUCAUAACAGCAGCACACCAACAGACAAGCCCAAACUGCUUGCUCUUAGUAAAAAUCAUGAACUGUUUGUCUAUGAAUUUAAUUUGAAAGAUGGAAGAUGUGAUACAGCUGUUGUUUAUAGCUAUAGUGGGGAUAAACUGCAAAAGCUCAUUGAAGAUCAAGGUAUCAGUAUUUCCUUAUUGUCUUUGCAAAUUCUAUCAUUUCGCAGUAACACAUCGUUAUUGUUCAUCAACAAGUAUCUCAUCCUACACAUUGUGUUUCCUGAAAGAGGUGACGAGGUUAGCGUGCUCGGCUGCUUCACACUACCCUUGCCUGCACAGACAGUGGAUGCGAUUGUUGACGUGCAGAGCUGCAGAGGAGUUCUAUUUGUUUUGAGUAGUGGAGGCUGGAUCUACAUUUUUGACACAGCCGAUGGUACACAGGUAGCUCAGGUGGAUUUAACGCUUCACCAAGAAGAUACGGGUAAUGAGCAGCACCAAGAGCCAGCCACGAUUUGUUCCUUUACUUCACUGAAAGUGUCUCAAGACCUAGAUGUUGUAGUGAUUGUCAGCUCUUCCAAUUCUGCAAUUGCUCUGAACUUAAAUUUGUAUUUCAGGCUACACCCAGGACACCUACUGUGUGAAAGAAUGCUGGAAGACAGUCCUAUUCAAGGACCUAAGGGGAUAGAUGAAGAUGAUCCUGUUAACUCUGAAUACAACAUGAAACUGACCAGCUUUUCUUUCCAGGUUGAUAGGUCUUGGAAAGGUCGGCUGUCAUCACUGAAUGAAACAAUAAAGAGCUCCAAACUGGAAGCUUCCUGUUGUGCUCCAUGGUUUCAGGGUAUUUUGCCUUUGGAGUCUCCUGAGUCUAGUAACUGCAGUACCAGUGUGCCAAGCUGGACUUUCAUGCCACAGGACAUAAUGUGUGGCCAGUAUAAUUGGUCACAGGAAGACUGUGCCAAGGCCAGUGAUCCAGGAAGACCAUGGAAAAUCAUGCACAUCACUGAAGAAGAGGACCCCUUAGAGCUUAAAUGCAUGUCAGUGACAAGAUUCACUGCACUGUUUACUUGGACAGUGAAAAGGACAGGCUGUACCAUUGGCCUCUGGGAUUUGGAGACUCAGGGCAUGCAGUGUUUUUCCCUUGGCAAAAAGUGUGUUCCUGUAGACAGUAGUGGAGACCAGCAACUGUGCUUUGUCUUGGCAGAAAAUGGACUCUCUCUGAUUUUAUUUGGUUUGACUCAAGAAGAGUUUUUAAACAGACUUAUGAUCCAUGGAAGUGCCAGCACUGUGGACUUUAUUUGUCAUCUCAAUGGUUGGGGAAGAUGCUCAAUUCCUAUACAUGCACUAGAGGCUGGGAUAGCAAAUCGUCAGCUGGACACAGUCGAUUUCUUUUUGAAGAGCAAGGAAAAUCUUUUUAAUCCAUCCUCAGAAUCUUCUGUACCUGAUGAAUUUGACCACUUUUCAUCUCAUUUAUAUUUAAGAAAUGUGGAAGACCUGACACCAGCAUUGGAUUUACUUUGCUCAGCAAUUAGAGAAAGUGAUUCUGAAGCCCAAAGCAAACAUUUUUCAGAACAAUUGCUUAAUCUCACGCUGUCUUUCCUUAACAAACAAAUAAAGGAGCUUUUUGUUCGUAGUGAAGAGCUAGAUGAACACUUACAGAAAGGAGUGAACAUUUUGACCAGCUACAUCAAUGAACUUCGAACCUUCAUGAUAAAGUUUCCUUGGAAGCUAACUGAGGCUGUAGAUGAAUAUGAUGUAAAUGAAGAUCUCCCCAAAAUAAAGGAAAGUGAUGUAUGGGAGAAGAUCAGCUUUGAGGAAGUCAUUGCUGAUGCCAUUUUAAACAACAAAAUACCAGAGGCACAAAUUUUCUUCAGGAUUAAUGGUCAUUCUGCUCAAAGACUUGAGGAGCUGAUUAGAAUAGGCCUCGAUUUGGUUUUUGACAAUUUAAAAAAGAAAAAUAUGAAGGAAGCCUCUGAACUUUUGAAGAAUAUGGGCUUUGAUGUAAAAGAUCAGUUGCUCAAGAUAUGCUUCUGUACAACUGAUAAAAAUGUACGGGACUUUCUGGUUGAGAUUUUAAAAGAAAAAAAUUAUUUUUCUGAUAAAGAAAAAAGAACUAUAGACUUCAUGCAUCAAGUUGAAAAGUCUUACUCGGGACAUUCCCAAGAAAAUACACAGAUCCACUCCUUCCCCAGGUAUUGGAUAAAGGAACAUGAUUUUUUCAAGCACAAAUCUGUUUUGGACUCCUUCCUGAAAUAUCAUAAAGAUGAAUUUAACAAACAGGACCAUAGAAUUGCACUAAGUUGGGCACAGUGGUGGGAUCAGCUGACACAAGAAUCCAUCCUCCUUCCUAGGAUAAGUCCAGAAGAAUACAAAUUAUAUUCUCCUAAAGCCCUCUGGAGAUACCUCACGGCUCGCCAUGAUUGGUUAAGCAUCGUCUCGUGGAUUGGAGAAUUUCAGACGCAGGAUAGUUAUGUUCCACAUCACCAGAAUAAAUGGCCCUCCCUGACUGUUGAUGUUAUUGAUCAGGAUACUUGCUGCAACAGCUACACGAGGAAUAGAAUUUUAGAUACACUGGGCAGGAAUGGGAUUUUUCUUACAUCUGAACUGGAAGACUUUGAACUCUUCCUCCUAAGACUGAGCCGUAUUGGGGGUGUGAUACAAGUUACCCUCCCUGUUCACAACUACACGAGUAAAGAAGGUUGGGAUUUCCACUCUCAUUUCAUUCUGUAUUGUUUGGAACAUGGUCUACAGCAUCUUCUUUAUGUCUAUCUCGACUAUUACAGACUUAGUCCUGAAAAUUGCCCCUUUUUGGAAAAAAGAGAAUUACAUGAAGCCCACCCUUGGUUUGAAUUUCUAGUUCAGUGUCGGAAAGUUUCCAGCAAUUUAACAGGUAUGAGUGUACUGAUUUAUUCUGCUCUGGUUUCUCCUCAGACCCUCCUGGCCCUUGCUACCACCAUGUAUGCUCCAGGGGGUAUCAGCCAGGUUAUUCAGAAUGAAGAUACUGAGAGCUGUUUGAAGAAGGUGGAUCCUCAGUUACUGAAGAUGGCAUUACCUGCUUACCCCAGGCUCAAAGCUGCUCUCUUCCCACAAUGCACUGCUCUGAGUGUCCUGCCACCUGAUAUUACACUCUACCACCUAAUUCAGUCAUUAUCACCCUUUGAUCCUAGCAGAUUGUUUGGCUGGCAACCUGCUAACACUCUAGCUGUAGGAGAUGCGUCAGGUCGUCUCCCACAUUUCUCUAGCCCUGACCUGGUUAAUAAGUAUGCCAUAGUGGAACGUCUGAAUUUUGCAUAUUACUUGUAUCAUGGACGGCCAUCAUUUGCAUUUGGUACUUUUCUAGUCCAGGAAUUAAUCAAGAGCAAGACUCCCAAACAGCUGAUCCAGCAAGUAGGCAAUGAAGCCUAUGUUUUGGGUCUCUCCUCCUUCCACAUACCUUCAAUAGGAGCUGCCUGCGUGUGUUUCUUAGAAUUGCUUGGCCUUGACAGCCUCAGGCUUCGAGUUGAUAUGAAAGUGGCCAAUGUCAUUUUGAACUACAAGUGUAGAAAUGAAGAAGCCCCGUACAGCUUUGUCAGAGAGUCUCUAGGUGAAAAACUAUCUAAGCUGGCUGAUGGUGAAAAGGCAACCAUAGAAGAAUUACUUGUCCUGUUAGAGGAAGGUACAUGGCACAGCAUUCAGCAACAAGAAGUGAAAAGGUUAUCCAGUGAAUCCAGCAGCCAGUGGGCAUUAGUGGUGCAGUUCUGCAGGCUCCACAAUAUGAAACUAAGCACGUCUUAUCUGAAAGAGUGUGCCAAAGCAGACGACUGGCUGCAGUUCCUUAUUCACAGCCAACUCUAUAACUACCAGCCAGAGGAGGUGAAACCUCUUCUCCAGUACUUCAACCCAGUCCUUCAAGACCACCUAAGACUAGCUUUUGAGAACUUGCCCCCAGUGUCCAACUCCAGAAUGGAAGGGGAUCAAGUCUGCAGCAAGUUCCCCCAGGAAUUCCAGAAGAACAAAGAACAUGGCACUGAUGUCUUUGACAUUCUGCUGCAGUGCCCGGAGGAACCGAGCUCCUGGCGCUGGCUCCUGGCCGAGGCAGUGAGGCAACAGGCCCCUGUCCUCAGUAUCCUGGCUUCAUGUCUGCAGGGUGCCAGCGCUGUUCCUUGUCUCUGUGUUUGGAUCAUCACUUCUGUGGAGCACAGUGUUGGAGCUGAAGCAAUGGGACACAUUCAGGGCUCAAUAGAGGACCACACCUGGGACCUUGAGGACCUGUCAGUCAUCUGGAGAACAUUAUUAACAAGGCAGAAGAGCAAAACUCUCACCAGAGGUUUUCGACUUUUCUUUAAGGAUUCUCCAUUACUAUUGAUGAUGGAGAUGUAUGAACUGUGUAUGCUGUUCAAGAAUUAUAAAGAAGCUGAAGUUAAACUUCUGGAGUUCCAGAAGAGCCUUGAAACUCUUGACACGGCAGCCACCAAGAUCCACCCUUUUUUCCCUGCCACGUGGCUGAAGGAUCAGGUGUGUUUCCUUUUGAAGCUUAUGCCACAGCAGUGUCAGACCCAGUAUGAGCUGGGGAAGGUUUUAGAACUGUCCAUUGGAAUACAGCAUCUCUUCUCUGAUGGUCCAGAUGUAAAGAAGCUGUAUGCUCUGAGCCAAAUUUUGAAGGAUACAUCUAUCGCCAUUAGUCAUAGGAUUAUUACUAGCUACAGCAUUGAAAACUUUCAGCAUGAAUGUAGAUCUAUUUUGGAAAGACUGCAAACAGAUGGACAGUUUGCUUUGGCCAGAAGGGUAGCAGAAUUAGCUGAGUUACCUGUGGACAACUUGGUUAUUAAAGAGGUAACACAGGAAAUGCAGACCCUAAAACAUGUUCAACAGUGGUCCUUGACUCAAGCAAGAAUUGACUUCUGGAAAAAAUGCCAUGAUAAUUUUAAGAAAAACUCUGUUUCAAGCAAAGCAGCCUCCUCCUUUUUCUCGGCCCAAGCUCUUGCAGUGUGUGAGCACCCAAGUGGACAGAGCAGUAUUGAGGAACGCCAUCUGCUACUCACCCUGGCGGGGCACUGGCUUGCCAAGGAUGACCCGGUGUGCUUGGACAAACUGGAGGCGCUGGAGAAACAGAUCUGGCUCUGUCGCAUUUCCCAGCACACUCUCAGGGGAAACCAGGAGGAGAUGGAGCCCAGAUUCUCUCGACAGAUCGCAGCUAGUGGUGAACUUUCCUUUGAUAGCUUAGCCAGUGAGUUUUCCUUCUCCAAGUUGGAUGCUCUAAACUCAUCAAAAUACUUAGAACUUCAUGGCCUUCCAUCCAGAGAGACAUGUGAGCCGAGACUAGAUUGGAAGGAACAGGACUCACUGAACUUUCUGGUAGGGCGCCUGUUGGACGAUGGCUGUGUGCACGAGGCGAGUAGGGUGUGCCGGUACUUUCAUCUCUAUAACCGAGACGUUGCCCUGGUGUUGCACUGCAGAGCACUGGCGUCAGGGCAAGCUAGCGUGGAUGACUUGCACCCGGAGAUCCGUGCCCUCCUCCAGAGUGCGGAGCUGCUAGAGGGAGAAGAGCAUGCUGUCCCUCCGAGGAGAGUCCAGAGCACGUCAAGUUUGGACAGUCAGCCUUUGGUGGUGGUGCCCCCCAGCGAUGAAGUGGUGCUCAGUCUGGAAACUCUGACGAGCAAGUGCCUCCACGGGAAGAACUACUGCCGGCAGAUCAUCUGUCUGUAUGAACUUGCCAAGGAGCUGGGCUGUUCCUACACGGAUGUUGCUACACAGGAUGGCGAGGCCACGCUCCGGGCAAUCUUGGCCUCCUGUCAGUCUGACCGAUGCACACGCGCCCAGGCCUUCAUCAGCACCCAGGGCCUCGAGCCAGACACCGUGGCUGAACUCGUGGCUGAAGCGGUGACACGGGAGUUGCUGACCCCAUCAGAGGGAACAGGCCGCAAGCCCGUGUGCAGCCCUGCAGAGCAGAGCCAGCCGUGUCUUCAACUGGUUGCCCUGUGUCCAGACCGCACCUUGGUGGGCAUGAAGUUGCUGGAUAAGAUUUCCUCCGUCCCGCACGGGGAGCUGUCGUGCACCACAGAGCUCCUGAUCCUGGCCCAUCACUGCUUCACCCUGUCAUGUCACAUGGAGGGCAUCAUCCAGGUCCUGCAGGCCGCCCGGAUGCUCACGGAUAACCACUUGGCUCCCAACGAGGAGUAUGGACUGGUGGUCCGUCUCCUCACCGGCAUUGGAAGGUACAACGAGAUGACUUACAUAUUUGAUUUGCUGCAUAAGAAGCACUACUUCGAGGUGCUGAUGAGGAAGAAGUUGGAUCCGAGUGGGACACUGAAAACAGCCCUACUGGACUACAUCAAACGCUGCCGCCCUGGAGACAGUGAGAAGCACAACAUGAUUGCCCUGUGCUUCAGCAUGUGCCGGGAGAUUGGCGAGAACCAUGAGGCAGCUGCCUGCAUCCAACUGAAGCUGAUAGAGUCUCAGCCCUGGGAGGACAGCCUCAAGGAGGGGCACCAGCUGAAGCAGCUGCUGUUGAAGGCCCUGACGCUGAUGGUGGAUGCGGCCGAGAGUUAUGCCAAGGACUCCUGCGUGCGCAAGGCCCAGCACUGUCACCGGCUCACCAAGCUGAUAACGCUACAGAUCCACUUUCUGAACACUGGCCAGAACACAAUGCUCAUCAAUUUGAGCCGCCACAAGCUACCGGACUGUAUAAUGGCCCUACCUCGGUUCUACCAGGCUUCUAUCGUGGCUGAGGCCUACGACUUCGUUCCAGACUGGGCUGAAAUUCUGUACCAAAAAGUGAUUCUUAGAGGAGAUUUUAAUUACUUGGAAGAAUUUAAGCAGCAACGGUUAUUAAAACCCAGCAUAUUUGAAGAAAUUUCUAAAAAAUACAAACAACAUCAGCCUGCUGAUAUGGUCACAGAAAACCUAAAGAAGUUACUCACAUACUGUGAAGACAUCUACCUGCAUUAUAAGCUGGCUUAUGAACACAAAUUUUAUGAAAUUGUAAACGUGCUUCUGAAGGACCCUCAGACAGGCUGCUGUCUAAAGGACAUGCUAGCAGGUUAGAUUAUUUCACAGGUGCCUGUUUGCUUGUACUGAUGGCAGGUUCUGACACAUGUCCGCGAUCAGAGUAGAUCUGUUGUUCAUUGAGAAAACAUCCAGCACUAACAGUGUUUAUGUUCCUUUGUGACUAGUAAUGAACCAGAGACUUUUCGCAAGGGAAUCCCUACUUAAGUUACUCAUCUGUAGCAUUUUAUAUGGAUAGUAGUCUUUAGAUCAAAAGCCGCCCCCUUUUUGGAGGCUUCUACUUGAGGAGGUGAUAGAGUAAUGAUUAAAAAAUACCUGUGCCUGCAGAUUCCAGUUUCAAAGAAAUUUAAUAUUAUUUACAUAGUUAAGGAAUAGGUAGGUGAUACAUUUUCGUUUGUUAGAAACUGAUCUUUCUAUAAUAAAAAAUAGAUUUUAA